AUGAGUGCCUCUGCUCUGAGCUCCAUCAGAUUCCCAGGAAGCAUCUAUGAGUUCCUUCAAGUAGCCUCUGUGUUCAGCCUGCUCCUGCUGCUCUUCAAGACAGCCCAGCUCUACCUGCACAGGCAAUGGCUACUCAGCAGUACUCAGCAGUUCCCAUCCCCACCUUCUCACUGGCUCUUUGGACACAAGAUCUUAAAGGACCAGGAUCUUCAAGAUAUUCUAACUAGGAUUAAGAAUUUCCCAAGUGCUUGUCCACAGUGGCUCUGGGGAAGCAAAAUGCGCAUUCAAGUGUAUGACCCUGACUACAUGAAGCUGAUUCUGGGGAGAUCAGACCCAAAAGCUCAUGGUUCCUACAGAUUUCUAGCUCCCUGGAUUGUUAUUGAAAAAUUUGCUGGUUCUCUACUUCUAUUACAGGAUAAAUGGGAACAGAUUGUUGGCCAGGAUUCCACCCUGGAGAUCUUUCAACACAUCACCUUGAUGACCUUGGACACCAUCAUGAAGUGUGCCUUCAGCCACGAGGGCAGUGUCCAGUUGGACAGAAAAUACAAGUCCUAUAUCCAGGCAGUUGACGACCUGAACAAUCUCUUUUUUCUCCGUGUGCGGAACAUCUUUCACCAGAAUGACAUCAUCUACAGAGUUUCCUCUAAUGGCUGCUGGGCCAACAGUGCCUGCCAACUUGCCCAUGAUCACACAGAUCAAGUGAUCAAAUCAAGGAGGAGUCAACUUCAGGAUGAGGAAGAGUUGGAAAAGGUUAAGAAGAAAAGACGAUUGGAUUUCCUGGACAUCCUCCUGUUUGCAAGAAUGGAAAAUGGAAGAAGCUUAUCUGAUAAGGACCUUCGUGCUGAAGUGGAUACUUUCAUGUUUGAGGGCCAUGACACCACAGCUAGUGGUAUCUCCUGGAUCUUCUAUGCUUUGGCCACAAAUACUGAACAUCAAGAGAGAUGCAGGAAGGAGAUCCAAAGUCUCCUAGGAGAUGGGGCUUCUAUCACCUGGAAUGACCUGGACAAGAUGCCCUAUACUACCAUGUGCAUCAAGGAGGCCCUGAGGAUCUACCCACCUGUACCAAGUGUGAGCAGAGAGCUCAGCUCACCUGUCACCUUUCCGGAUGGACGUUCUUUACCCAAAGGUAUCCAUGUCAUGCUCUCCCUUUAUGGCCUUCAUCACAACCCAACUGUGUGGCCAAAUCCAGAGGUGUUUGAUCCUUCUCGAUUUGCACCAGGGUCUUCCCGACACAGCCACUCAUUCCUACCCUUCUCAGGAGGAGCAAGGAACUGCAUUGGGAAACAGUUUGCGAUGAAUGAGAUGAAGGUAGCUGUGGCUCUGACCCUGCUCCGCUUUGAGCUGCUGCCAGAUCCCACCAGAAUCCCAAUCCCCAUACCAAGAAUUGUGUUGAAGUCCAAGAAUGGGAUCCACUUGCAUCUCAAAAAGCUCCAGUAAUCUUCACAGGACAAGACACUCAAAUGGCAUGCUGCCUGCCAUUCUGUCUUUCUGUCACUCACUCUUUUCCCCAGUCCUUCUGCUCACAUCUCAUUCUUUCUUCUCACCUUGUUCACCUCCACCCACCUUCUGCUGGGCUUCCA